AUGGGUUUUAAUCAACCUAGCAAAGGUUUUAAUCAAUCUAACAAAGGUUUUAAUCAAUCUAACAAAGGUUUUAAUCAAUCUAGCAAAGGUUUUAAUCAAUCUAGCAAAGGUUUUAAUCAAUCUAGCAAAGGUUUUAAUCAAUCUAGCAAAGGUUUUAAUCAAUCUAACAAAGGUUUUAAUCAAUCUAGCAAAGGUUUUAAUCAAUCUAGCAAAGGUUUUAAUCAAUCUAACAAAGGUUUUAAUCAAUCUAGCAAAGGUUUUAAUCAAUCUAACAAAGGUUUUAAUCAAUCUAGCAAAGGUUUUAGUCAAUCUAGCAAAGGUUUUAAUCAAUCUAGCAAAGGUUUUAAUCAACCUAGCAAAGGUUUUAAUCAAUCUAGCAAAAGUUUUAAUCAAUCUAGCAAAGGUUUUAAUCAAUCUAGCAAAGGUUUUAAUCAAUCUAGCAAAGGUUUUAAUCAAUCUAGCAAAGGUUUUAAUCAAUCUAGCAAAGGUUUUAAUCAAUCUAGCAAAGGUUUUAAUCAAUCUAACAAAGGUUUUAAUCAAUCUAGCAAAGGUUUUAAUCAAUCUAGCAAAGGUUUUAAUCAGUCUAGCAAAGGUUUUAAUCAAUCUAGUAAAGGUUUUAAUCAAUCUAGCAAAAGUUUUAAUCAAUCUAGCAAAGCAAAGGUUUUAAUCAAACAAACUGCCUGA